CUCCACCUAGAUUUUGCUCGUCGCGAUCUUGGAUUUGCAGCUUGCCAACUUGCCCAUCAGCAGCAGUAAGUCAUCUGCUGCUCACAACAGACAGCAUCGCCAAUUCUACUGCGGCAGGCCCAUCAUGCCGCCUCAGAUUAAGCAGGAUCUCAACCGGUCGGGAUGGGAGACGACCGACUUUCCCUCCGUCUGCGAAAACUGCCUGCCCGAGAACCCAUACGUCAAAAUGCUCAAGGAAGACUAUGGCGCAGAGUGCAAACUGUGUACGCGACCGUUUACCGUCUUCAGCUGGGCUGCUGAGCGCGCACAGGGCCGCAAGAGACGGACCAACGUGUGCCUGACGUGCGCUCGCCUCAAGAACUGCUGCCAGAGCUGCAUGCUGGAUCUCAGCUUCGGGCUGCCCAUCAACGUCCGCGACGCCGCACUCAAGAUGAUCGCCCCUGGUCCGACGUCCGAGAUCAACCGAGAGUAUUUUGCGCAGAACAACGAGAAGCUCAUUGAGGAGGGCAAGGCGGGAACGGAGGAGUACGAGAAGACGGACGACAAGGCCCGCGAGCUCUUGCGGCGCCUGGCCAACAGCAAGCCCUAUUUUCGCAAGGGCAGGACCGUGGACGAGUCAGAGCUGGCCGGCGCACGGGUUGGCGGCGGGAACCCUGCAGUCGGAGCCGGCGUGGGAGGCCCAGGUCCGAUCCGUACUCGAGACUCGAGGGCUGCAGCUGCUGCAGGCGCGCGACCCGGUGGUCGAGGGCGAGGCCGACCGGCGUUCCCAAGCGCGGCACAGCUGCCCCCGAGCCCAAAAGACUGGCUGCCGCCGGAUGACCCCAACAUCAUGUCGCUUUUCGUCACGGGUGUCGAGGACGACCUGCCCGAGCACAAGAUUCGCGACUUCUUCAAGGUCCACGGCAAGAUCAAGAGCUUGGUGUGCUCUCACAUGUCCCACUGCGCCUUUGUCAACUACGAAACGAGGGAGGCCGCCGAGAAGGCAGCGGCUGCAUGCCAGGGCAGGGCGGUAAUUGCCGGAUGCCCGCUGAGGAUUCGCUGGGGACAGCCAAAGGCGAUCGGAACCAUGGACCGGGAGCAGCGAUAUCAAAUGCUGCAGGAUGCCCGCAUCCGCCAAAAUAGACCGCAACAGCAGCGUGCCUUGGAAUCGGGCCAGCAGUCAAGCGCGGCGAAUCGUGCGAUUGCUGCGGCACCGCCUCCCGGUGCGGAAGAUACCCCCAACUAUGCCAGCCUGGCUGGAGAGUAGAAGGGCGUUCGAACUAUCUCGUACCUGUCUUUUCUUCAUGGCGCUUUCACAUUCUUGGCGUUGUGGUGCUACUGGGAAUAGGGAGGAUACAGAGGGAUACUUGUUGCAUUGUCUUUGUAGAUGUCGCGGAAUCAAGCAGGUGAAAUGGCCAAUAUAUCUUGCGGCAUUGGAUUGGAGGGUAUCAUGAGUCUAGUAAUUGUACAGAUUUGUUUUACAGUGGUACAUACACAAGCUGCCUCAGUUGCAGCCACAGCCACCGCCGCUGCCGCUCUUAUUGCCUGCCGUCAAUAUGCUGUCGUUGUCGCCUCGCUCAGUGUGUUCGUGAAUUCGCAGCU